AUGUCGUCGUUGAUCAAUCGAAGUGGAAGAAGUAGAAAGAAAAGCGAGAGGAUAUUACUAAAAACGACAUUCAGCAAAUUCACUAAUGAAGAAUCCAAUCCAUUGCUUAUUGAUAUUGAAGAUGCAGACAAUGAAGGAAACGAACUAGUACAACCUCAGAUUAGAAGAGAAGGACAGAAGAAGUUUUCAACACCUAAGAAGAAAACUAAAAAUCAAACUAUUGGUGUGGGGGAACGUGUUAAUCGCACACCAGCUCAUUCAAUGCGAAGGGAUCUUAAAAUUGUAGUUUUGAGCUCAGAUUCAAGUUUCAUUGAAAGUUAUGACUUGACAGAAGACAGUGGAUUAAAUAGGGAAAAUGAAUUGAGAACAAAAAGACGUUUUGAUAGAUGUAAAACAAAAGGUGAUGAAGUUGUUGUUAUAAACUCAUUUUCAGGAAAAGAUAAUGUUACUGUCAAAAACCUUGACGAAGAUGAAGACUCUGAUUUUGAGGCAGACAUAACCGUGGUAACAAGGAAAAAGAGAAGGCAUCAUACUUCAUUCAAAGAUGAUGACAAAGAAAAUGUGAAGAAAUUUAAAAGACAAAGGAAUAAAGAAGGAAAUGUGUUGAAGCCAAGAAAACAUCCUAAAGUUGUAGCAAGUGGUGCAGAAGAAGCUAAGCGAAUACAAGUACGGACAUCUCCAAAUGUUUUGUACAGUUGUAUGCAUAACCUUAGCAAGGAACAGGAAGGUUAUAUUUCUUCUAUUGGUUUGGGGAAUUUGUUGAAGAUGAAAGUGGAUGAGUGUGCAUCAAUUAUGGGGCAUUAUAUUGUAAGGAAUUUUAACGCAGAUAGGAUGGUACUCAAACUUCAUCAUGGAGAGAUACCAAUCAAUCGGCAAGUUAUUCACGAAAUGUUGGGUCUGCCUCUGGGACAUGUUACAAUAAAGUCUAUGCCUUAUAGAGAAGUCACAGAUGACACGAUAACUGUUUGGAGAAAACAAUUCGAAGAUGAAGAUAAUAUUAGACCAAGGGCAGUUCAACAAGUUAUUAUGCAGUCAACACGUGCGGAUUUAAUGUUUAAAGUAAACAUCUUUGUCCUGUUGUGUAAUACACUAGGUCAGUCGAUGAGCAUGGGCACGUGUGACCUGUCGAUGUUAUCAAAAGUGACUAAAGAUCUGGAUCUAAGUGACAUUGAUUGGUGUGGAUAUGUUUUUGAUUGCCUUAAGGAGACAAAAAGUGCGUGGAAUCCAAACAGCAAAAAAGGAUUCUAUGUUGGGCCAAUUAUAUUACUGCUGUUGCUAUACGUAGAAAGUGUUCGAUGCGAUUCAGUGAAGAUUGUACGAUGCAGACCAGCAAUAUGUUGUUGGAGUGUUGAUAAACUACGUGAGCGAGAAAGAGUAGAGUGUAGGACAAUUGGUCUGGGUAUGGGUGAAUUGCAAGAUCCAUUUCAAUUCAUCAAUGAAGCAUCGGGAACUGACAACUGUUUCAACAAUAAAGGAGAUGUACGACAUGAUAUUGCAGCAAAAGAAAGUGUUGGAAGAAAAAUAAAUGAUGCUGUCAAGAAAUAUCCUGAUAAUCAGUUGGUCAAAGAAUGGAAAAACAAAGUAAAUGAUUUGUUUACUGAAGUUUCUGCAUCAGAGGAACCAGAACAAUCUCAAUGGUGGUAUGAUAACGAGGCUGAAAUUGAACGUACGCUGAUUCUAGCUACAACUAACAAACAGUUUGACAACUCCGCGUUAGCAAAAUGUAGUAUUCAAAUGUCACAGGAAUAUGCAGAUUUCGCGAAUAGAUCUGGAACAAAAUCUUUUAAGAAUACACCACCAUCUAAAAUGGAAAUGCCAAUUCCUUUGUCUGUAGUACCAUUCAACAAAGAUGAACAUUGGGUUAGUAGAAGAGGGUACAGGCCUCGCAUGAAAUCCGAAUAUCUGAAAUCUCCUUACGUUAUACGGGCUGUUGAUAUCAUCAAAGGAGUUCCACGGCAGGAAAAACGUGUAGCAGAAUGGAUAUUCUCUCUCCAGGGAGAUCCAAAUGAUAUAGUUUUCCACACUCUGGAUGGGUUUUCUGCACAGAGGUUUCAUAUGGAAAGUUUUUUUCCAACAUGUGAACUAUUUGGCCAUGUCAUUGAUUGUUGGAGUCAAGUGUUGAAUCUUGAUGAAAGUAAGCGUGCACCUGAAUCGCCCCUGAGAGUUUAUUGCAAGACAGAUGUGACGAAUUCGUAUCUAGAAAGUGGUUUAACAGAAAGUCAACGUAAAGAUAAAUUCAUUGAGAAUUUGGUGCUUUCUAUUGAAGAUAUGGACGCAAGCCUACGUUUUGUUGGACUGCUUUUCCUACCAAUCAUCCGUUCCUUCCACAUUUUCCUUUUUGUGAUCAAUCUACAACAACCAGAGUUUGUAAUCGUUGACAACAGCAAAGUUGAUGAUCCUGAUGGUGAGAGAUAUGGUCAGUUGCCCCAAAUCAUUAAAGAGUACAUAGUUGAUUACUUAAAAUCUCAGAAUCAUCCAAAAGCUGAGAUGUUUUCACAUGUGAUGCCACAUAGACUGGAAAUGCCUUGGAGAACAAUAAACAACAGCAUUGAUUGUGGUGUGUUUACGAUGCGUCACAUGGAAACAUAUAUGGGGGGAAGUAUGAAUGAGUUUAAAGCUGGAUUCAAGAACGAGUCUUCUGCACAAGAUGAUCAACUUGUUAAACUGAGGACAAAGUAUUUAUACAAAAUACUCACUCAUGAAUAUAAUGUGCAAAAGGAUUAUGUGCUGCAAAAGGUUGAUGAAUUCCACAAGAUUCCUUCAAAACAACGUUCUCAAAUGUUGGCCAUUGCAAAGGAAGAAAUUCACAGGAGAUUGGAUGUUUUAAGUUAAUUGUUUUAAAAAGUAAUUUUAGUUAUGACUUUAAUGGUUUCUUUUGGAUGGAUUAAAAACAAUGCUUUUGUAUGCUAAGGAUGUUAACUUGGGUUGCUGUACGUACAAUACUUACUUUUGGUUUGCUAAUUUAGUAAUGGACUAGUG